AUGGUACAACACAACCAAAGGAGAUCGGCUGCCGAAUAUUAUCGGCUGCCGUCAUACUCGAGGUCAUACUCGAAUGUCCGUAUACAACCUGAAUCAUCCGCCCAAUUACCCGUAUACCCCCAUCCGGGUACACGGGUCCACACAGAUCCAACUUCACACAGCAGUGACGAGAAAUUAUCAGGAACGAUGGAAUUAUCGGGAAUGACCAAUAAAAUUAUGAUACACAACCGAAGGAAAAGAUCGGAUCCUGCAAGCACCGAAUCCAGUAAAUCUAAGAUUGUUGCACAUGACAAUGAUGUGACCGCGAAGUCGCCCUUAACUGACGUCAAACAUCCUACAACCGAUCCUACAAUUGAGUCGUUACUUGAGUCAAUACUUUCAAAACACAAGCCUACCGAUACUAAUGAUAAGCGUGUGGAGAACCAUCAGACCAAGAAUAACUUCAUAUUAUCCAUUCUCGGAUUCCUGAAUUCAAUUAUUUCAUCAGCAAACAUAACACUUCCAGAACACAAACCUACUGAUACUACUGUUACAGUAAAAGUAAAGCGUAUGGAGAACUAUCCGAGUAUCCAAGAACUAUCCAAGUAUAACUUCAUAUUAUGCGUUGCUCCAUUUCGGAGUUCAACUAUUUCAUCAAGAAACAUAACAUUUCCAAGAGACAAGCCUACCGAUACUAAUGAUGAGCGUGUGGAGAACUGUCAGAUCGAGAAAAACUUUAUAUUAUCCAUUUUUACAUUCCUGGGUUCAACUAUUUCAUCAACAAACAUAACACUUUCAGAACACGAGCCUACCGAUACUAAUGAUAAGCGUGUGGAGAACUGUGAGAUCAAAUAUAACUUCAUAUUAUGCAUUGCCCCAUUCCUGAAUUCAACUAUUUCAUCAGCAAACAUUGGAUUUCAUCAGGGUACAAUACACAUUCUCCCAUUCCUGGGUUCAACUCUUAAAGGAAAAAUAACAAUAGGACGUUAAUUUUUAUAAGCAUAUAUUCUUCCUCCUUUGUCCGCUUAGUAGACGAACUUUUA